AUCUUGCGCAAAAGCAACAUGGUGUUGGUGCUAUGUUUUCUAUUUUGUCUUCAAAUACAUUCUUGUCUCAGUUUCAAUCUAACCAUACUGCACACCAAUGAUGUGCACGGUAGAUUUGAAGAAACGGACGAGAAAGGUUUCGCUUGUGACGCAACAAUGGAACGCAAUUGUUACGGUGGAAUGGCGAGAAUUGCGAAUGCCAUAAACGAAGUUCGACGUCGCAAAAGCAACGUUGUCUUAAUAGACGGUGCAGAUCGAUUUACCGGAACGUUGUGGAGCGAAGUUUACAAAGGAAAUGCAACAGCAGUGCUCUUUAAUGCCCUAAACUAUACCACUAUUACACUGGGCAACCAUGACUUUGACUAUGGACCAAAAAUACUAACUCAGUAUCUAAGGAAGAACAAUUGUCCUGUUGUUGUUUCAAAUAUUGACACCACCCAAGAACCAUUAUUCGAUCAGUGUAUACCUGUGGUUAGAAACAGCGUCGUAGUUAAUGUUUCUGGUGAAAAGAUUGGUUUUGUCGGCUAUGUUUUGAUUGAAACAGUGAAUGUGUCAGAACCUGGUGAAAAUAUCAAGUUUAUGCCAUAUGUUAAAUCUGUGCAGAAAGCUGUUGAUGACCUGCUGACAAAGGGUGUGAACAAAGUCAUUGCAGUUGGGCAUGCUGGUAUUCGGGUUGAUAAGGAAAUUGCAAAGAAAGUUGUUGGAGUUGAUGUUGUUGUUGGUGGCCAUUCAAACACAUUCCUUUAUUCAGGUGAUCCACCAACCAAUGAUAGAGUUCAGGGUCCUUAUCCUAUUAUCAUACAUCCAGAUCACAACUCAACCCUCAAUGUACCUGUUGUGCAGGCAUACAAGUACUCAAAGUACUUGGGUGAACUUCAUGUUAUCUUCAACGAAGAAGGUGAAGUUAUAUCUUGGAGUGGUAAUCCUAUCUUGAUGGAUUCAUCAGUAGCAAAGAAUAAGAAAGUCAAGGAGCUUGUUAAUGAAAUGAAACAACUGGUUGAUAAAAGAGGGCAUGACAAGAUAGGUCAGACAAAGGUAGAGCUGAGUGCUAUUGACUGUGCUAGAAAGGCUUGUCAUCUUGGAGACAUUGUCACAUCUGCCAUGUUGCAUGAAUUCAGACAGAAUGAUGCAACAAUUGCUCUCUUUAGCGGUACUGGAAUAAGGAAAGGAUUACCAAAAGAUAAUGAAGGUUAUGUCUUGUACAAGGAUUUGUUUGAAAGUUUUCCAUAUCGCAACACGAUUGAUAUGGUUGAGUUAACUGGCGCCGACUUAAAGAGAAGCUUGGAAAAAUCUGGCCCUCUUCAAAUGAAAGGCUUGAAAUUUCAGUCGUCUGGCACCAAACAACGCACAGUAAAAUACCUCAAAAUAAAAAAAGCUCAUUGUCCAACAACGAAAGAAUGUUAUUUUCCUGUGAAUGCAUCAAAGAUUUAUAAAGUUGUUGCUGAUUCGUAUACCGUAACCACAGCUAACAAGUCUGUGCUGUGAGAGAUAAUUGUCAUUGUCGUAGGAAGAAUGAAAAAGAAAGACUUCACUUUUGUUCAUGCUACCAGCGAGAGACAGUAAAAUAUUUCAAAA